AAAAGCUUCAAUCAGCGCUCACACCUUAUCAGACAUCAGAGAAUCCACACAGGGGAGACGCCUUACACGUGCUCUGAGUGCGGGAAAAGCUUCAGUCAGCCCUCAAGCCUAAUCACACAUCAGAGAAUCCACACAGGGGAGACGCCCUAUACAUGCGCUGAGUGCGGGAAAAGCUUCAGUCUGCGCUCAAACCUUAUCACACACCAGAGAAUCCACACAAGGGAGACACCCUACACGUGCUCUGAGUGCGGGAAACGCUUCAGUCGGCGCUCAAACCUUAUCACACAUCAGAGAAUCCACACAGGGGAGAUGCCCUAUACAUGCACUGAGUGCGGGAAAAGCUUCAGUUGGUGCUCAAGCCUUAUCACACAUCAUAGAAUCCACACCGGGGAGACGCCCUACACGUGCUCUGAGUGCGGGAAAAGCUUCAAUCGGCGCUCACACCUUAUCACACAUCAGAGAAUCCACACAGGAGAGAAGGCCUACACAUGCGCUGAGUGCGGGAAAAGCUUCAAUCGGCGCUCACACCUUAUCACACAUCAGAGAAUCCACACAGGAGAGAAGGCCUACAAAUGCGCUGAGUGCGGGAAAAGCUUCAGUCAGCGCUCAAGCCUUAUCACACAUCAGAGAAUCCACACAGGAGAGAUGCCCUACAGAUGCGCUGAAUGCGGGAAAAGCUUCAGUGUGCGCUCACACCUUAUCACACAUCAGAGAAUCCACACAGGGGAGAAGCCCUACACGUGCGCUGAGUGCAGGAAAAGCUUCAGUCGGCGCUCAAACCUUAUCACACAUCAGAGAAUCCACACUGGGGAGAAGCCCUACACGUGCUCUUGCGGGAAAAGCUUCACUCGGCGCUCAAGCCUUUUCACACAUCAGAGAAUCCACACAGGGGAGAGGCCCUACACAUGCGCUGAGUGCGGGAAAAGCUUCAGUCUGCGCUCAAACCUUAUCACACAUCAGAGAAUCCACACAGGGGAGAGGCCCUACACAUGCGCUGAGUGCGGGAAAAGCUUCAGUCUGCGCUCAAUCCUUAUCACACAUCAGAGAAUUCACACAGGAGAGACGCCCCAUACGUGCGCUGAGUGUGGGAAAAGCUUCCGUCUGCGCUCAAACCUUAUCAUACAUCAGAGAAUCCACACAGGGGAGAAGCCCUACACAUGCUCCGAGUGCAGGAAAAGCUUCAAUCGGCGCUCACACCUUAUCGCACAUCAGCGAAUCCACACAGGAGAGAUGCCCUACACAUGCUCUGAGUGCAGGAAAAGCUUCAAUCGGCACUCACACCUUAUCACACAUCAGAGAAUCCACACAGGAGAGAAGCCCUACACAUGCGCUGAGUGCGGGAAAUGCUUCAUUCAGCGCUCAAUCCUUAUCAGACAUCAGAGAAUCCACACAGGCGAGACACCCUACACGUGCUCUGAGUGCGGGAAAAGCUUCAUUCAGCGCUCACACCUUAUCACACAUCAGAGAAUCCACACAGGAGAAACGCCCUACACAUGCUCUGAGUGCAGGAAAAGCUUCAGUCAGCGCUCAAGCCUUAUCACACAUCAGAGAAUCCACACAGCAGAGACGCCCCGUACGUGCGCUGAGUGCGGGAAAAGCUUCAGUCGGCGCUCAAGCCUUAUCACACAUCAGAAAAUCCACGCAGGGGAGAAGCCCUACACAUGCUCUGAGUGCGGGAAAAGCUUCAGUCGGCGCUCACACCUUAUCACACAUCAGAGAAUCCACACAGGAGAGACGCCCUACACAUGCGCUGAGUGCGGGAAAAGCUUCAGUCGGCGCUCAAGCCUUAUCACACAUCAGAGAAUCCACACAGGAGAGACGCCCUACACGUGCGCUGAGUGCGAGAAAAGCUUCAGUCGGCGCUCACACCUUAUUAGACAUCAGAGAAUCCACACAGGGGACAGGCCCUAUGAAUGCACUGAGUGUGGGAAAACCUUCAAUCGCAGUUCGCACCUUAUUAGGCAUCAAACAAUCCACAGAGGAGAGAGGCCCUAUGAAUGCCGUGAGUGUGGGAAAUGCUUCACUAGCAGCUCAAACCUUUCUCAACAUCAGAGAAUCCACACAGGGGAAAGGCCC